AUGGAUCGCGCAGGCACCGAGCGAAUCGCAAAAUCGACUCCAGGUGGCUUUGUUCUUGUCUCUACUUAUUCAUGGCUAUGCAUAACUCUAGGUGUGGGGAUAGCGCGGUUUGGACAAAGUCUUGUCCACAAAGUAGCAUUCGGACCCGAUGAUGCUACAGUACUUGUGGGGAGCAUCGUCUACCUAGGAGCGGCAGUCAGUUGGCAGUAUGCUGUCAAUGCAGGAUUAGGGAAGGCGACAUUGAGCAUCGACGAAGUGGAGCAUUUAGCCAAGGCUAUGUACGCUGCAGUGUUGCUCGGAUUUGUUGCAAUGACCUUUGCAAAGUUAUCAUCUGCUUUUCUCGUUGGACGAGUAGUGCCGCAGACGAGGAAAGCGAAAGCGAUACUUUUCGGCAUGAUAGCGACGUGGGGUAUAUUUUCCAUCGGUUCAGUCGGUUUCGAAUGUGGCCUGCCCAAGUGGACAAUCGAGUCAAGGCAAUGUGGAAACGGCCCAUUCCUAGUCUCAGUGAUUGUGUACAACAUAGUGACAGACCUAGUGCUAGCUGGGUGGAUCGUGCCGACUCUGUGGUCUGUUUCGCUAAACAAAGAAAAGUGUAUAUCAGCAACACUACUCUUCGGAGCAAGAGCGAUAGUACCGUUGGCUGCCGGGGCGCAAAUUUGGGCCGUAUUGAAAGCAAACCAGAGCAGCAACCCCGGCCGCGAUACUGUCGAAGCUGCAGUCUUGACUCAGGCCGUAACGAGUCUGUCGCUCAUCGUAACCAGCAUCCCACGUAUCAAACGGUUCCUCGGGGUUGGCGGCAGUGGCAUUCUCUACCCACAAAUACAAGCAACCGAACUCUCGCAGUCACGCCAGUCAUGGAGCCACCAGGAAUCCAGCGCCACGGAGCCAAAGCUUGUGCCUUCUGGCUCGGGAAAGUUCACGGUGACUGUAACAUCGAAAGGGUCGAAAGACAGGAAGAAGGCGAAGGCGCAGUCGGACUGGCAAGAACUUGUGACAAUGGGUUCCCGGGAGGACGAACAUACCAGCACGUCGAGUCUAUUUGAUCGGAAUGAUCAUGGGGGUGUAAUGAUGCAGCAGGAAGUCAGAGUGUCAGUAGAGGAGAGGGAUGCUCCACGACAGAGAGGUGCGAAUCGAAGCGGUUGA